AUGCUCUUCUCAGCUCUACUCGCCGGUGCAUUUGCAGUCGGGAUCAUCUCUGUGUUCUUCCCGAACCUCAACCCUCUAAACACCAUAUCCCCCUCCACUUCCCCCUCAAACCCGAACCUCACCCAUCUCCGCGAGCAUAUAUCCGCUCAAACUCAAGACCCCUCAGCGCUGAAGAACAACCCCCGGGCCCUAAUGUCCACUAUCGAAGACUACGCAGAUAAAAGAGGGCACCUGAUGAUCUUCCGCAAGGGAAAGCUGGAUAUUGUGCAUGAGGUCUUACGUUCCAUGCCGACGCCGCCGAAGGUUAUUGUUGAGUUUGGGACUUAUGUGGGACAGUCGGCGCUUGGGUGGGGGGUUAUCCUGAAGGAGAUUCAUGGGGGGGAUUGUGAUGGUGAUGGUGUGAAGGAGAAGGGAUGUAAGGUUUAUACCUUUGAGCAAAACCCCGAGCUUGUGAAGAUGUCUAGGGAGGUUAUUGAGCUUGCCGGGUUAAGUGACAUUGUGACUGUUAUCGAGGGCACGGCGGCGGAGGGGCUUAGGGGUUUAGUUGCGGGGGGACGAGUCCAGCCUGGGAGCGUGGAUAUGGUGUUUAUUGAUCACUGGGAGAAGUACUAUCUGCCCGAUUUGAGGGUUUGUGAGGAGCUGGGGGUUUUGAGGAUGGGGUCGUUGGUUGUGGCGGAUAAUACGGAUAAGCCGGGGGCGCCGACGUAUUUGGAGUAUGUUAGGGCUGGUGGGGUGGAAGGGGGCGUGAGGUAUGAGACGAAGACGUAUCAGAGUGUGGCGGAGAGGCAGGGGGCACCGAGUGCGGUUGAGAUUAGCACGGUUGUUGAUUUGGGUGGGAAGUGA